AUGAGAGAAGUAAAUCAGUCAUCAACCCUGGAAUUCAUCCUCCUGGGAGUUAAUGGUCAACAGGAACCAGAUUUCUUCUUCUUCUUUCUUCUCUUCUUCUUCUCCUUCUCCUUCUCCUUCUUCUUAUUUGUUUACCCCAUCACACUGAUUGGAAACGUGCUCAUCAUCUUGGCCAUUUACUCUGACAUUCACCUUCACAACUCAAUGUAUUUUUUCCUUGCCAACCUCUCUUUGGUUGACAUCUUCUUCUCAUCUGUAAGCAUCCCUAAGAUGAUAGCCAGCCAUCUCUUGGGCAGCAAAAUCAUCUCCUUUGGAGGAUGCCUAACACAGAAGUAUUCCAUGCUUGCCAUGGCUAACACAGACAGCCAUAUGUUGGCUGUGACUGCAUAUGAUCGAGCUGUGGCCAUCAGCUGCACACUCCACUACACAACAAUUGUGAGUCCAAAGUCUUGUGUCCUGCUACUUGUUGGGUCUUGGGUGGUUGGAAACACCAAUUCCCUCCCCCGCACUCUGCUCAUAGCUAGUCUGUCCUUCUGUGACAACCACGAAGUGGCCAACUUCUACCGUGACAUUGCCUCUUUGCUCAAGCUGUCCUGUUCUGACAUCCACCUUAAUGUGAAGAUGAUGUACCUGGGGGUUGGUGUUUUCUCUGUGCCACCGUUGUGCAUUGUUAUCUCUUAUAUUUGGUUUUUUUCCACAGUCUUAGGGGUUCCAUCCACCACAGGUGUGCUCAAAGCCUUCUCCACUUGUGGUUCUCACCUCAGAGUUGUUUCUUUGUAUAAUGGGAUAAUCAUGGGCAUGUAUUUAUGUCCUCUGACUAGGUACAGUCUAAAGGAUGCAGUGAUAACUGUGACGUACAUGGCAGUGACCCCAAAGUUAAAUCGUUUCAUCUCUAGUCUGAGAAAUCGGGACACGAAGGCUGCCCGGUGGAAACUCUUCAGCAAGAGGAUCUCCUCAUGCCGGGUGAGGGCUCGCCUCGGAGACUGCAACAUGCACUUGAAAGUCCGCCCUCAACGUAAUUCCCUCCAGGAAGCUACCUUUGACCUUGGCAGCCAGAAAAUUCUUCUCAGAAAUAUUGGAACAAAUUGA